AAGAAAGUGACGUUCAGCUGUUCGUUCUAUGGCUAAUUCAUUGAACCUACGAAACGCACACAUAAAAAUACGGAGCUACGACAUGGCUACGACCGUACGAAUCCGUAAAGUAUAAAGAUACACCUUUCAACCGAGUGCGAGCUCAUCCUCAAUUCCUAAUUAUAUUUUCACCAUGUUAUGAUCACUACUGGCCUUAGUUCGACUAGUGUUCGGCUCGGAGUGUAACAAUAAUUGGAUUGUGAACGUGACAGUGUUGUUUUUUAGCAGUGAAUUGGAGAUUUUUUGAGUUGACUAUCGUUAAAAAAUAAAUUGACAGAGAAGUUGGCUGUCAAAUCCGAAAUAAUCGAUAGAUUAAACCUAAACUUGACGAGGUAUUGAAGACAUUUUUGGAUUGGGUGAUACGGAUUUAUUUUGGUUUAGUGUUUAAUGGCGUCAUAAUCGACGACUUGAACAACGUAAUUUUGCGUUGAAAAUUUUAGUGAAAAUCACUACUAGACAAUCAUUGUGAUUGUGAGAAUAUGGCAACAACGAAAGCGACCAGUAGUGCUCUUAGGGCCUUAGCUGUUGAAUACAAGAGUUUGCAAGAGGAGCCUGUCGAAGGAUUUUGUGUAAAGCUGGUGAAUGAAGACAAUCUAUUCGAAUGGGAAGUUGCAAUAUUUGGACCACCUGAUACGCUCUACAUGGGAGGGUGUUUCAAGGCAAGAAUGAAAUUUCCGCCGGAUUACCCAUACUCUCCGCCGUCAAUUAGGUUUUUAACCAAAGUUUGGCAUCCCAAUGUAUAUGAGAAUGGAGACCUCUGUAUCAGUAUUUUGCACUCGCCGGUAGACGAUCCCCAAUCAGGCGAACUACCCUGUGAACGCUGGAAUCCCACACAAAGUGUGCGCACUAUAUUACUCAGCGUAAUAUCACUUCUCAACGAGCCCAACACAUUUAGUCCUGCGAAUGUUGAUGCAUCAGUAAUGUAUCGACGUUGGAGAGAUUCAAAAGGACGCGAUAAAGAAUAUGAAAAUAUCAUUAGGAAACAAGCAAUGGCUGCUAGAGCAGAAGCCGAAAGAGAUGGUAUCCAAGUUCCACUAACCCUGGAAGACUACUGCAUCAAAACCCAAAUUAAACCAAAUACAUCAGACUCACAAGUUGAAAUGACAGACUUCUACGACGACGAUUAUGACGAAGAUUAUGACGAUCCCUCGGAUGAUUCAGAAUAUGCAGACGAAGAUGAAAACGAUAGCGGCAAUGGGGAAUCGUGAUUAACUAAGUUCUAUCGCGUCCCCUUUUUUAUUUGUACAUUUUUUUUUAGUUGUAAUUUACUCUCUAAUUUUACACGUGUAAUGUUUCAUAUUAUAUUAUUAUUUUAGAGAUUCAAUACAUACAUAACACUUUUAAGAAUACAAUAUUUGCAGAUUACUCAAAUGUAAAUGUGGUCAUCCUUGAUAAUUUAUGUGCAAAGGGAGUUAAAUUUGAACGAUUCUGUUUGAUCUAAGUAAAUAAGUAGAUGAUAAUAAUAAUGAUUGGAAUGUUGCUUUACUUACCAUAAGAAUAGCAAAAAUAUCUUGGGUGAACUAUCAUUAAGACUGUCAUUAACGGGAAAAAACGUUGCAAUUUUUUUUUACGAUCUCAUCAGUUGAAAUACCUGUCUUAUAUCAACCGUGUACAUAACAAAACUCACCAUAUAUUUGUCUCCUAAGUAUUUUACUGUUUUUAUAAAUAAAAACGCAUCUAGUGUAUAGUAUCAUAA